AUGGCCACCACGACGCUUCCCAAAUCAGGCGUGCUCGUGCCCUUGUAUAUCUAUCCCUUAACGCCGACCACCUGGGAUCCACUUUAUGACGCAAUUGCUGCCUAUCCCGAGCUCGAGUUCCUGGUGAUCGUCAACCCCAACAGUGGACCGGGUGCCUUGCCGUGCCCCGAUGCCAACUAUGCGCGCGAAGUGGCCCGCCUGAAUGCCUGCCCUAAUGUCUAUCCGGUCGGCUAUAUCCGCAUCGACUAUUGCCGAAAGCCAUUGGCCGCUGCCUGUGAGGAGAUCGAUCGCUAUGCCAGCUGGGCCGCCGAGUAUGCCACGACGGGUUUAGGCGUGGGUGGCAUCAUGGUCGAUGAGACUCCCAACCACUUCAAUGCCGCUCAGGCCGAGUAUUUGCGCGCGCUUCAUCGUCACAUCAAGAAUUGCUCGGGGCUUCUCCGCGAUCGAUUGGUGGUUCACAACCCAGGUACCCCCCCAGAUCCCGAGAUGGCCGAUGCAGGCUCAGAUCUCCUGCUGGUCUGUGAGGAGCCAUUUGCACGCUGGCAAACCAAUGAGGUGCAACAUCGUCUAGGCGAGCUUCCCUAUCCUCGCGAUCGCUGCGGUUACAUGGUCACGGAAGUCCCGAACCAUCAUUUGCCUGCUCUGGUGCGUGAUCUGCGUCGUCGUGCCGCCUACAUGUUUGUCACGGAAAUCGUAGGCGAUUUCUACGAGCGCUUUGGUCCCUCCAGCUGGGGCAUGUUGAUGGAGUCUCUGUCGGAACAGGCACCGUAG